GCUGACAGUUAAUUUUUACCGCUUGGCGCUCUAUAUUUCAUAAAUUGUGAUGCUUGGUAUAAACUAGAUCGUUAAACUCGUUUUGAAUAAAGGAAAUGAAAUAAAUACUGUAUAACAGUAACACUGUUCAGUUCGCACUUCCUUCUUCCGUUUUAUUAACGUUCUGCUAAUAGAGUCAAAACGCUCAAGUGGAAGCAUUUAAUUUCAUCAAUUAUUGAUAAAACAAGUAUCAUAUUAAGUAUUCAGAAAUUCUAGAAUAAACCGCACAAUGUCCCUAGUUAUUGAGAACACGAAGAUCUUGGAGUUCUUGGAGCUUGUCGGUCGUCUGAAGCAUGUGAAAAGGACUGGUUGGGUGCUUUGCGAUAUAAAUGAAUGCGAAUCCAUUGCUGGUCAUAUGUACCGAAUGGGGCUGAUGACCUUCUUGCUAACAGAAGAGAACAAUCCUACAAACCUUGACAGGUUCAGGUGUCUCCAAAUUGCUCUUGUCCAUGACUUGGCUGAGUGCAUAGUUGGAGAUCUUACACCACACUGUGGUGUAUCACCGGAAGAGAAACAUCGGCGAGAGGAUGAGGCUAUGAAGAAGAUAGCUGAACUCACCGGCAUUGCUGGUGACAGAAUGUAUGAGCUGUAUAAAGAAUAUGAGAAUCAAACUUCACCAGAGGCUAAAUUCGCUAAGGACUUAGACCGUUACGACAUGAUACUGCAGGCGUUUGAAUAUGAAAAACGCGAAAAGGCACCGAAGAAACUGCAAGAGUUCUUCACUGCUACUGAAGGAAGGUUCAACCAUCCAUUCAUAAAGGACCUAGUAACAGAACUAUAUAGGCAAAGAGAAGAGUUUGAGAAAAAAAGUCUACUCAAUGAUCAUGCAUAGUUUAGCAAAUCUUCUCCUUAACUCUCCUUCUCAGUACUUAUCUAUUUCUUAUAGUAAAGCAGCAAAGAUAACUAGCUGAGCUAGUUAGUAUAUUUCAUAUUACUGUCGAGGCAUCAAAGCGUAAUAUUCUACGAAGUAUGAUUAAUCUUUUGGCGCCACGCCGUAUACGUGAUAAAACCAUAUUUAACUAAUGACUUCUAGAAAAGGCGUCUAGAUAAGUACGUGACAAAAACAGGUCUACAAAAUGAUAAACAAAUAAAAACAUUCGAAUGCAUAACUAUGUGCUAUUUAACAGCAAACAAAGCUAAAAGUUAAUUCUUGAACUCUCCAAUUAGCAUAUUCGGCUGAAUGGUCCGCAUCCACGUAUAAUCCGCGUUGCCCGAAAAGGUUAAUAUAUAUUUCGUAACGUCAAUACGACCAUUUGGUAUCUAUAUGAAAAAUAUGCACAAUAUGUAUAACAGUAAUUAGAUCAGUGUAUGAUCCAUAUAAGCUUCAAUGUAAUAAUGUAUGUUGCAAUGUUCUAAAAUAUUCAUAACAAGCUAUUUUUCCAGUGCAGCAGUAAUUUUCUUAAGCAUAAGUAAUUAAUAUUAGCUGACAAUAAUACAUUUUCUGAUAUUGCAGUGCUCUAUUUUAUAAUGCUUACACAAAUAUAAUGCAUGGUAUUGUGGGAUAGAAAUACGUGAUUAUUAUAAUAGCAAGUAUCUAUCAAAGUUCAAAAUACGAGUAACUUAAAGAAUGACUAGUAUUUAAGCAUUGAUAUUACUUACAUUACAUGUAAUGCAGAAUGUGAUAUACUUCAGUAAUACUAUGAAUAGAUACAUAAUAGGUAGUAAUUUUAAUAUCACCACUGUUAAUUCCCUAUGUUACCUACCAGGGAUUUUAGUCGUCCAGUAUUAUCAAUUACCAUUUGUUAUACCUUAGUGCUGCCAUAUUUGUCCUUUGAUGUCAAAAUACCUAAAUGAUACGCGUGUCAAAAAAUAAAACUAAAUAAAAGCUAGAAGACUACAUUAAAACCAAUUUACUUCAUGAGUGAUAUAUUAUUCCAAUGCAUAAUAUAAGGUAUAAGGUACAUGUUUACGUUAACAAAAAAAUAAGAAACAGUUUUACAAGAUUAUAUUUAAUAUAAGAUGAUGAUAAUCAAACAUACGUAAUAAUACGUAGUAUUUUUAAUUGUACACUAUUAGAAAUUUUAACCACAAGCAAAUCAGAAAGCCAAAAAUAUAAUACUACUAGUCAAUGACAACUGUAUUAUUAGAAAGUGUACCUAUCUAUAAAGAAUUCAUUUUGUUAAUAUUUAUUUGUUAUCCACAUUAAAAGCUAAGCUCAGUGUUAAGUAAGUAAUAAUUUUACUACAUCACAAAGUUUUUAUUAACUAAUCCUUGCGCUUUCCAACUACCACAUAAGUAUCACUUAAGUUUUUAUAUGCUUUGUAAUCCUAAUUAAUAUAAUCUGAUUUAAUAUGA